AUGGCUUUGGCAGAAGCAGUUCUACGGAAAGUACACAAGUUGGGACUUGUGCCCAAGAUUGUGCGGCUGUUACCGUUGAUGGCUGCAGCUAUGGUGAUAGCUUCCAUUGGUAGUUUGAUGUACUUGGGUGUGGAUGGUCAAUACCGUAACGUAUAUAUUUCUGAGAACGCAUUGAUGCCGUCACAAGUGAUGUCUUAUUUCCGUGAAAGUGAGUGGAACAUAGUUAGGGGAUAUCGAGAAGAAGUAAGUAAGCUUGAAGAUGAAGAUCUUUUAGUGCGUUGCGCUGUUGUAGAAGGUUGGUUUAAGAAGUUAGGGUACGUUACCUCAUAUUAUGAUGAUACGUUGUAUGCAAUUCUCCAUGCUCCUCGAGGUGAUGAUACUGAAGCCAUGGUUUUAACUGUACCAUGGACCAUUUCUAAAAGUGAUGAUGAUGAGUUUAAUGAGGGUGCCAUUGCGAUUGCUGUUUCUAUGGCAAGAUAUUUCAAAAGAAUGUCUAUAUGGUCGAAGAAUAUAAUCUUUACGUUCCCCAAGGAUGCUCAGGCACUGCGUGAUUGGGUCGAGGCAUAUCAUACAACAUUGAAAGAUACAGCAGGGUCUAUUGAUGCUGCUAUUGUUAUUGAGUACGGUAAGAAUGGUGAUAACUUUGAAUACAUUGAAGUUGAUUAUGAAGGUUUAAAUGGACAAUUACCCAAUUUGGACUUGAUAAACACCUUAACCAACAUUGCUUAUAAUGAAGGGAUUCAUACAUCGAUUCAAGGUACUUCAGGUGAAGAAUUGGUUAAAAAUACUUAUGGUACAAGAAUCAGGACCUUAUUCUAUGGGUUAGCCAACCUUGUAUUGACUGGCUUAAAACGUAAAUCUGGUGGAUGUGAAGCAUUUUCAGGUUGGCAAAUCCAGGCCAUAACUAUUCGAGCUAAAGGUACAAAAGGUCCAGCUGAUGUAACUCAAUUUGGUCGAUUAAUUGAUUCUACUUUCCGAUCAGUUAAUAAUUUACUUGAAAAGUUCCAUCAAUCUUUCUUCUUUUAUUUGAUGUUAAGCCCAAAGAAUUUUGUUUCCAUCGGUACUUAUCUUCCGUCUGCUGUGCUUAUGGCAUUGGUGUUUGCCCUUAGUUCAUUGAAUCGACUUAUACGUGAUCCCAAAACUGUGGAAAACAUUAGCAACAACAUUUCCAAUGCAAUCAUAUUAUAUACUUGUGUGGUAGCAUAUUCGUUUAUGGUGGGGGAAUUAUUACCUAAAGCAGUGUUGUCUGAUCUAGUGUCUGCGGAAGUAGUUCCCAUAUACGGUAUGAUAUUCUUUUUAUUGGUUCAAAUUGCAAUGCCUUCCAAGUUACGUACGUUCCAAGCUCCUUAUGCUGAGUUCUUACAUGCUAUAUUCCUUUUCCAUAUCUCCAUGUUAAUUAUUGCGUUGUUGAUUGUUCAUUUUGCCUUGGCCCUUUUUAUUGCCUUGAUAGCCUUACCAUUGGCAUUCCUUAGUCCGGUGGCUGAUAAUAAUACGUUCAAGGGGUAUCUUUUGAUUUUCCUUGCUAAUCCAUUUACAGUGGUGUUUACGAUUGAUAAAUACAUUGUUCCAGAUGGUGGCAUUGCUUAUGGACUUCUUACGUCAUACACAAAGCUUCAAUGUUGGACAUGGCCGUUACUUAUUUGGGGUUAUUUCCCAGCCUGGUUGGGUAUUGCCUUCACCCAUUGUCUUACAGGUACUACAGACCCUAAGAAGUAA